AGGGAAAACUCAAAGAAGGUGAACGCUCAAAAUUAUGGAACAAGAUACUUCAGAAAAUUAUCGGCUAUAUGAAUAAUAAUAAAACUCGAUUAAUAGGCAUAUCACCAUCAUAUGCAAUAUCAUUAGAAGAAGUAAUACCUAAAGUAUUUACCAAACCUAAAAGACCUAUUGGAAAGGAUGAACCACGAUUACAGAAGGGGCUUACAGUAAAAUAUCUAUUAAAACCCGGUGAGCUAGAAGGAGGGCAUAUGCAUAGAAAAACUGACCCAUGGUGGUCAUUGCGUAUCUAUAAAAUCAAAAAAGUUAUUGUUGGUAAAAAUCCACUACAGCCAGUCUUAUACUAUCUUGAGGAUGAGCCAAUUGAUUCAACUAAACAUUUAAUAGGAGAUUUUUGUGUUCCGUAA